GCAUGGAUAAGUCCAGUGUUGCUCUAGAUGGAGCCCGGUGUUAUGGAGCUCUGGGAGGAACUGUAUAUCUCCAGCUGAUCAUGAAUGGCUUUAGAAAGGGAAAGUUAUACGCAAAGUUACAAAAACAAACAGUAUUGUCAAUAUCCUGCUAAAGAGAUAUGCAAUUCCAAAAAUGUCAGUCGGCCAUUUAGUGAUGCCAUUGAAGACAAAUCAGAUUUCCUUGACCAGAACGGGACAUUUAAGUUAACUAAUGCCGAAUACAGUGAUUCUGCCAAAUAUUUUGUAGAACUCUGUGAUGUCCUGGAGAGAACAUUUCAUCUUAUUCAAGUUAAAUUUGUUAAGUCUUUAAAAACUGAAUGGCUAUACUUGUUGACUAAAUAAGUUAAAUGGUAGUGGACAAGCUUCAGUAUUGUACAACAAAAAUAUAUCUACAUGUAAUUGGAAGUAAAAACAACCCUAAUCAGUGAAAUGUAUAGCAAUUAAUAAAGAGGGGGUUUCAUAAGUGACAGUAGAUUAAUAAUUUAUUUACUUGGUAUGAGUUUUGUGAAGCAUUACAUUUUUUGGUGUUCAAAUCUGGAUGUAAUAUUGAUACAAUGUAGGCUUAGUCUUGUUUCAAUUAUAUAUGUGAUCAACUCUUUUAAAUUAUAUUAUGUUGGUGUUCCAUGGAGAGAAGAGGGUGUCCAGUUCCUCUGAGGGGGGAUGGUUUCCAGUACAGCUGGACUCUGGAUGGACACACACUGAAAGACACUGAGCCCUGUCAUGUUGAUGAGACUAACACCGUCACACUGAAAAAAGGCUUGUAUGGAGAUCUCACUAGCACCGUC